AAAUAAUUUUCUAGAACCAGCGAUCAUGUGAUCCUCUCGUGUGGGAAAGUGCGACGACCUUUUUUGCGAAUUGCGCAAUGUUGGCCCGCAACAUUGAGCAUAAGGCAACGACUCGGUUGUUGUUUGCCCUUGAAGUCGUCGUUGUUCGUUGUUGGGGCGACUCUGACGACGUUAUCGUCGACGUGUUGCUCCGCUUUUUUCUAUCCGCCACUUUUGCGUCCCGUGGUGGGUAUACGAGUCUGGCAUCGCUAAGAAUUGUGUCGGGUUUGUGUGUUUUGUUUCAUUUUGGCACGAUGUUCAGUUCGGCCGAGCUUGCCGCCCUCCCGGUGCUGCCAAGAAAGAGAGAAAAGAUUUCCGUCAGCAGAGCAGGAUAGAAAAGAACGAAGCUUUAGCCCUGGCGACGGCGGGAGUAGUGAGACAGUAGGGAGGAUCCUGUGUGCACGGCACAGUGCAGACUUCGGGUUUUUCGCCUUCAUCAGUCGAGUAUUAUUGCGAGUCGCGGACGCCCACUCGCUCCUCUAUUCUCUCCACCUAAGCGACAGCUCCUCAGUGUUUUUCUCUAUUCUCAUUUUGAAUUGAACACAAACACAGUUUGAAUCUUCUUCAUCUGAGGCCAGUCUUUUCUCUUGUUACCUCAAGAGACCAUCAGGUCUAGGUCAAAUCGUGAAAUCUUUUUCCCGUCGUGAACUGCUUCGUAUUAUAUUUGGCUGAAAGAAAAAAAUCCGACAACCAGCUGAAACGUAUAUACUAUAUACAUCAUCUCCCAUAUUUUAGCCAAUUUCAAAGAGCUCUCAUCUAAAUGAUGACCGUCAUGAGUGCUGGGGAAUUGACCGUGAACCUGCAGCGAGAUGGGUGCGGCGAACCUUUCGGCUUCCGGCUCCGAGGAGGAACCGACAUCCGAGAGGCAUUCAUCAUUCAAAGGGUGGCCGUGGGUAGCGAACUGCGUCGCGGUGAUGUUUUGACCAAAAUCAACGACCGUCCUUGUUCGACAAUGACCCAUCGCGAAGCUGCCGAAUUGAUCAAGAACGCCGGCACCACCAUGACUGUCACCGUUCAGCGAGGUGGACUGCCCUUGCGCCCGGUCGCUGUCCCCGUUGUUGCUCCAUCCGCCGCCGCCCCCGCUCCUUCAACUGUCGCUUCUUCCGGUUCAAUGUGUCAAAAAGCGCCGACCCAAGCGGGAGCUUCAAACAGGACGAUUUCGGAGAUUAUGCUAAGUCCUGUUGAGAAUCUGCCAGUCACUAUAUUCCCCAGCUCAGCUAUCAACGAAUUCAACCAACAAGUCGAAGAAAUGGAUCGCAACCGUGAAAGGAUCGUCGUCACUCACCAGCCGUACAGGACACUUCCUUUGGUAGUACCCGGUGCCAAAACUGGUCGCGACACUGCCAGCUCCACGCAGAGCUAUUUGGCACUUCAAACGCAACAGAAUGCAAUGCUUUGGAACACCCCUGGUGCACCUCCGCAAUCUGCCAUGAAUCCGUCCUCCACCGAUGCCGUCCUCAAGCAAAAGUUGGAGGCGGCUGCCGCUUUGGUACAGAGGAAAAUGGCGGCCGUCAACGAACCGGCCGGACAGACUGCCGUGGUUCACGAAGCUGGCGAUGCUCCUCCUCCCAAACAAGAAUUGGUACACAAGCAGUUUAAUUCACCACUAGGCCUCUACUCCAAUGAGAAUGUCCAGGAAGUGCUGGCCCAACAGACUGGCAUCAUCCCCGCCCAGCCUGGACGCAAAUUGGACAUGAAGAAUUCAGAAACAUUGCGCGCUCUCAUGGAGGAGAACGAGAAGAACAACAAGGCAGCCGCUCAACGUGACUCCCGCGGACUCAAAGAAGUCCGACCGGCUGCUCCAGUCAAAACCGUCGCUUCCAAUCCUCACUUCAAGGUCAACUCGAUGGGCUUGGAAAAGGAGAAGAUCCAGCAAAGCUACAGCUUCAAGCGGCUGAUGGCCGACGUGCUGGGCGAGACAGAUUUCUAAAAGAAUCAAAAACAACCAUCACAACAUCAUCAGCUUGAAAUUUUAGAAGCAAAGUGGUGCACAACGCAAUAACGCCCGCAAUAAAUUCUAUCAGAGAUGUGUCAACGACGAGGGAAUAAAAUGAAGAAUAACGUCGGACAUGAUGACGAGGAGCAGCGCAUCUUUUUUGAUCAAAACUUCAAUUAAUAAAAUUUUAUGUUUCUGUCUAUCUUCUUGCCGCUUCUCAUAAAAUAUUCGACAGUCAAUGUAAUACGAUACAAGAAGAGAAGAAGAAAAACACACCAAAAAAAGUCAACCUUCACCUUUUUUCACUUUGUCUUGUGCCACCCACUGCCCGCUCUCUCUCUCUAUUUCUUCUCUAUCAUAAACUCGUUAUAUGGCAGACUGCAAAUGAAGAUCAACUCUAAUUAAAUUAAUAAAUUAAAUUAAUCCACAGCGCCUGUCGUUAUACUUUGUGCUAGUAGAAAACCUUAUUUAAAAAAAAAACCCCAAAAAUAAGCGAUCUUUUAUUGUAUUAUCUCUUACUAUUGUGUAUAAAAGAAAAACACCAGCAGUGGCUUAUAGAAGGGCCGCGAUACGUCAAACGUCUCCGAGUCCUCGGAAUUUUAUUUUUAACUUUUUUGCUCUUCUUUUUUUUUCGAUUCACAAAUGAUUAGAUAUGCAAAGUGUAAAGGAAAUUAUUAACAAAACCCAAUGCCCCGAUUUGUCCUCUAACCAAUUCGAAUAGAGCGCGCCUUUUUUUUCAAAAUUUCAUAUAACAACUAUAACAACUAAACAUCCUUGCAGCUGUCAUUGACGAUGUCCGCGAAUUAUUAAUUCUGUUUAAAUUAAACUAAAUGCUUAAACUCCUUUUCCCUUCACCCCAUUGAUUGAUGAACAAAAUUGACAAACAUGCUACGAAAAUCUAUUGAAUAAUCAGCGUUUGUUUCAUUACCUCCCUUUGCUAUUAUACAUGUGUCCACGCACUCCCUUGAUUUUGCUAUAUUGCACUUAUACCUUAAAUAGCCGUCAGCCUGCACACUUGUAUACGCGUUAUGACUUAUUUUAAGAUAGAAGUGGAAAUGGAACUGAAUAUGUGUUCAACGCAUCCCGAGCCAUGGCCUAAAUCAGGUCGCUUAUUUAAAAAAUGGUUCUUCUUUUUAUUUUCUCUUCAAAUUGCUCUCCAUCUAUUCUGACUCCUUCGUUCUUAUUGUUAUUAUGUACUCAUUUCUACGUUGAGAGAUUACAUUUGACUCGAUGAAAA